AUGGCGAACCAUUAUGAAGUGCCUAGCUGGGCCGGCAAACCCCCAACAGGUUUGCAUUUGGAUGUUUUGAAAGGAGAUAAAUUGAUACAAAAACUAAUGAUUGAUGAAAAGAAAUGUUAUUUAUUUGGUCGGAAUCCACAAAUGAAUGACUUCUGUAUUGACCAUGCAAGUUGUUCAAGAGUCCAUGCAGCAUUUGUUUAUCAUAAAGAUUUAAACAGAGCAUUUCUUGUUGAUUUAGGAAGCACACAUGGUACAUACAUUGGCAAAAUGAGGCUGGAACCAAACAAGCCCACCCAGUUGCCAAUUGACUCCAACUUCCACUUUGGCGCCUCUACAAGGAAUUAUAUUAUUAGGGAACGGCCGACGGGAAACUCGCGCGGAAUAAUGGAGGACUUGCCUAAUACAGAGGCGGAGGGCGCUCUACUAGGUCUACCCGAAACACAAACUGAAUUGGACAAUUUGACAGAGUUCAACACGGCACACAACCGCAGGAUAUCGAUGCUGGGAAUAUCAACGGACGACGGCUCCGACGUCAUCAAGCCGCCCACCGGCGCCAAGCGCACCGCAGCCAUGCCGGGCGGCGUGGCCAAGAAGCAGCGCCGAAACGUCUCCUUCAACGAGGAGGUGGACAUCAUCAACCCGGAAGACAUCGACCCGACGGUGGGCAGGUUCAGGAACCUGGUCAAGUCGACCAUCGUGCCGAACGCGAACAACGCGCCGAGAAAGCUCAAGCUGCAGACACCAGACGACGUUCAUCAUCACCACUCGCUGAGGUUGCAGGAGAUAUCGAGGGGUAACAAGCUGUACUCCGAUCUACCAGCUCCGAGCUCCCACCUGAGCCUCAUCGGUGCAAGAUUGGGGCUGUCUCUGCCCAACCCCGCGCCCGACGUUGAGCUUGAAGGUCCCGAGCCGCAUCUCAACAUGCAACCGCCUUUGCCGCAUGCAGCGCCUGAGGAAGCCGGCCCUUCGAGCGAGCCCAGGAAGAAGAAAUACGCGAAGGAGGCGUGGCCGGGACGGAAACCCGGUCUCAUAUCCGGCGUG